AUGGACAAGUUUGAUAGACAAGUGCGCAUUUGGGGAACCCAUGGCCAGCAUAUCAUUGAAACCAGUCAUGUGUGUGUCGUUGGUUCAUCGCCUUUCGCGUUCGAGAUAGUCAAGAAUCUGGCCCUACCUGGGAUAGGGUGUCUUACUAUGAUCGCUACGAACUCAAGAGACCUUGAGCAGAAUCAAUUUUGGAACAUGAAGACGUGGAAUGUGACUCAAAUUGACUGGAAUGCUGAAAAAAUGGGCUCUGACGUGUUUUGGAGCGACUUUGAAUUGAUAAUAAUCACCACUGGGCAAAACGACGUUUUAAAAGUGUUCCGACAAAUAAAGUCUCCACCGGUCUUGCUGUGCAGUACAUCUGGCCAGAACGGUUUUGUUACCUUUCUUUCCGGUGAACCACAUUUUGUUGUGGAAUCUCAUCCAGAACAUACUAUUCCUGACCUUCGAUUAGGGGCGUUGCGAAGUGAUCUGUCACAGUUUUACUCGGAAUUCUUAAAAAACACAGUGUGUAUUUCAGACUUACCUUUCGCCGCUCUACUUUAUCAUGCUUGCGAGAACGUCUUGAAGGAGAAAAAGCCUCAUCAAGUUAUCAAUCGACAUGACCUCAAAGACCAGAUAAAUGUUCUACAGAAUAAGGUUUCACCUAACACCCAAUUACCCAAUUUUUUUGAGGCACUGCGAUUUGCCCACCUUGCAUUGGAACGUACCGAGACUUUACCAGAAAAUGUCAUCCGAUGUCUGGCGCUGAAAGACGUGUCUUGUCAGAUUCCUUUCAAUCAAAAUGUCCAAACGCUGCUCAGGGCCCUAUCUUCAUUCUUAGACACACCGUACAGUGAGGGCCAGUUACCUCUUGCCGGAAUAAUUCCAGAUAUGGAGUCAAGCUACGAAAUGUACACAGCGCUUCGCAACGCCUACUCAGGUGCUGCCGAAAAUGAUGUCAAGAUUUUUCACAAUCUCGUUUCUUCAGAGGUCUCCCAUAUUGAAAUAGACCAAGUUAAGUCGUUUUGCAGGAACUGUCGUCACAUUAAUGUUAUUGAACCAAUUGGAAAAUUGGGAGAUUUUGAGUCGGUAUUAAAUGACGAAACUACGGACUCUACUAUUAUAAAAAAUGUCUUGCAUUCAUGCUUAUCUGAAGCGCUGAAGAAAGAGGAUAAAAGGAGAUUUUAUCCAUGCAUAUCUUUCGUGGCAGGUAUCGCAGCGCAAGAAGCGAUCAAGGUGCUCACACACCAAUUUUUACCGCUUCACAACACUUUAGUUUACGAGGGAGAACUUGGCCGCCUACGGUCAAUCAAAAUAUAA